AUGUCAGGUUUUGAACUAAUGGUCGAAAGGAUCUCGCCCACUACAGAAAAUCUUCUGGACGCGACCAUAGCCUGGAAUAGCCAACUCCAUGUUCUGAAAACGCCUAUUGGAGCAAAGGAUGCAAGCAGCAGUACUGCAGUCGAUUGUAUGUUGGCCAUAUACGCGAAUAUGUCAUUUUCUCGACAAAAUGUUCGAGUUACCGCAGUAGGCUACGGACUAAAUCCAGCCGGACUUGGAAGCGCAAGAAACUACUGGUGGAGUUCGAAAUCGACACCCCCGAACGAGAAAACUUCACCUGAGGCUCAAGAUCUAUCCAAAGUCGAAACAAGUAGCUCCCCAGAAGUAGCCGCAACGCCUGCACCGAAUGCAGCGUCAGGAACGUCGACCGGCACAUCCAGUUCACAACUCAAAGAUGUUGCGUCGAGCUCGCCGUCAGAACCAGUCUCUACCGCAUCAGGAACGGAGCUUUUACAAGCUACAGACGGCGCAACGGGAACGGUAGCUACAAAUACAGCAGCCGAGGCAGCACAAUCUCUGGAUUCGCUAAACGCGAAUAUUGCUGACCUUGCAGCGGUGGCUAGUGCAGACUACUCUCACCUCUUCUCACUUUGGCCACCUGGGCUUUUCUUGCGCGUCUAUUCCUGGGUGGAACACAUCGUCCCGUACUCUUCCCAUAUCCUAUGCAUGGCCAUUGCCGUUUCCGCCCUUCGUGUGCUCAUUGUACCCCUACAAAUCCGAGCUCAGAAGGCGGGUGCACGCUUUGCUCCUUACCAAGACGAAUGGACGUCCCUGCAAGAGAAGUAUCAGCAGUCGAUAUUGGAAAAGGAUCGAGUGAGGCAAAUGGAGUUGGCACAAAGGAUGUUGGAGAUCAGAAAAGUUGCUGAUCUCAAGCCUUUUGCUGCUAUUGCCCCAGCCUUUGGUGCUAUCUGCCUUGGUAUAGGUAGUUUCCUUGGAGUAGGAAGACUGGUCAUAUACCAUCGCGAAGUGGUCGAGAUGGGUGGAGUCGGCCCCUUGGCCAACCCUGGUGGCUUAUUUGGUACAGGUUUCCUCGAGAACCUUGCCGAUUUUAGCCCUGCUAUGCUGGUCAUUAUGACUGCCAUCACAUGGGUCAGUGGGCGAAGAGCAGCAAUGGACGCGCCGAAAUACAACAAAACCAUGGCCCGAAUGCCAUCUCUCAUGACCCCAAUUGCACUAUUCUUCGGCUACAUAGCGCACUUCUCGGCAGCUCAGAUGAUUGUCGCGUGUACUUCUAUUGGCUUCAACAUUGCUCAGUCCUAUCUCCUCCGGGUUCCUCGCAUUCGUACCAUGGUAGGAAUGAACAUGGUACCGGUUCAGGAUUCCAAGACCUUUGUACACGUACCACUUGUCAGUGCAUGGAGAGAGACCUUCGGGGAUAUCAACAACUGGAGCGAGAAGCAAGCCAUCAAGAAGUUAGAAGCCGAGAGGAAGUUGUCAGAGGAACGUGCCGCACUGAUGAGGUCCAGAGGAAUUCUCGACAAGGACAUCCUGAAGGAAGUGGUAAAUCAAAGACAUCCUCCUCAUCUAAGAGAUCAAAUUCGUCAUAGCUACAGGUAUCUCUCCUGGGAAAGGGACGGGGCUGCCACUGAUGGCGAUAAAGCUUACACCCUUCAAUCAGUCAUCUUCACUUUGCAUCCAUUCAUCGCGUCAACACAUCUGAGCAACAUAUUCUCUGCUUAUCACUGUCAGCCGGUCGAGGAACUAUGGAGGGUGGAGAUGGAAAGGAUCGAAUUUCGAGUCUUGAACCUGACGUCUUCACGGCUGGCCGUCCCACCAAAAAAUCCAUACUCGUCAAGGGACGCCCAAUGGACUCGUCAAUAG